CCUACCUGGACCACUCCUCCUAGAAUACUACUCGUCGACGAUUGCAUCUUGAACAGGACUAUCACGGAAAGACGCCUCACUCUCCUCGGAUGUAUCGUUGAUGCUGUCAAAGACGGUGUUGGUGCAAUUUCUCGGAUAGACAAGAAUGAUUACGACCUCAUCUUCAUGGACAUUGUUAUGCAUAGGGGAGACGGUAUCUCUGUGACAUCACUCAUCCGCCAGUUCAAUCAUAGGAUUCCUAUCAUCGCAAUGACGAGCGCGUCAGAGCCCAGUGACCGGGAGAUCUACCUUUCCUCC